CUGAGGUUUUUCCUGAUCGUUAAAUACAGAAGCUGAUAAAGUUAUUGCCUUUAAAAGUAUAGUUGCAUACCGCACUGGCCUUGCAAUUAAUACAGAAGUCACUGUAAAGGAAGCUGAAGAAGGCCUGCGUGAAGUUUUAUCUGGCGGGAAUGCAGUCCGAAUCUCAAACAAGAGUUUCCUUGAUUAUAUCUUCAUGCAUGCUUUGGUGGUGGCUCAAAGUUAUGACUUGCCAAUGCAGAUAGACACAGGUUUUGAUUUCAGUUUUGGAGAAAAGGAUCUGGAUCUGAGGCUAGCGAAUCCCCUUAAUCUUCGAAAUCUUCUUGAGGAUAAGAGAUUCACUAAGAACCGGUUAGUGCUUUUGCACGUGUCCUACCCGUUCUCAAAGGAAGCUUCAUAUCUGGCUUCUGUGUACCCUCAAGUCUAUCUUGAUUUUGGGUUAGCAAUUCCCAAACUUCGCUAUCAUGGGAUGAUAUCCUCAGUGAAAGAACUCAUGGAUAUUGCCCCAGUGAAUAAGGUUAUGUUCAGCACAGAUGGCUUCGCAUUUGCUGAAAGCUUUUAUCUAGGUGCACAGAUAGCACGUGAAGUGGUAUUCUCUGUUCUGCGUGAUGCAUGUAUUGAUGGUGACCUUUCAAUUCCAGAAGCUCUUGCAGUGGUUAAAGAUAUUUUUGCAGAAACUGCAAAGCAGUUCUACAAACUUGAUGUUUCUUCAAGAUAUUCUGAUGUAGAACCUCAUCAUUUAUCAACUUCCUUCCAAAAGGAACAGAACGACUUCCUGACGGAUGUUACACUUGUCCGCGUUAUGUGGAUAGAUUUCUCUGGACAGCAUAGAUGUCGUGUUAUUCCACAACAGCGGUUCUAUAGUUCUGUGAAAAAACAUGGUUUGGGCUUAACUGUUGAAUGUAUGGGAUUCACUUCAAUAUGUGAUGAUGUCGCAGAUGAUACAUGGCUUCCCCCUUCGGGUGAGGUCAGAACUGUUCCAGAUUUAUCAACCAAACGCAGAGUCCCAUGGGCAAAGCACCAAGAAAUGGUUUUGGCUGACAUGUUAACUGAACCUGGUAGAGCAUGGCAAUAUUGUCCAAGAGAUGUGCUUCGCAGAUACUCUAAAAUUAUAGAAGAUGACUAUGGCUUGGUCAUGACGGUAGGCGUUGAAGUUGAAUUUUACAUUAUGAAGACCAUAUUAAAGGAUGGCAAAGAAGAACUGCGACCAUUGGACAGGACCCCUUACUGCUCUACAGCAGCAAUUGAUGCUGCGUCCUCAGUACUUGACGAGAUUGUUGCUUGUCUGCAGUCCUUGAAUAUGACAGUUGAACAGGUACAUUCAGAAGCUGGGAAAGGUCAGUUUGAAAUUGUCAUGGGAUACACCGAUGCUCUUACACAAGCUAACAACUUAGUUUAUACACAUGAAAUCAUUAAAGGAAUUGCAAGGAAACAUGGGCUGGUGGCAACUUUUAUUCCAAAGUAUUCUCCAGAUGGAAGUUAUAGAGAUGAACUAAGUGCACAUGACGCUGGCAGUGGAUCACAUGUGCACAUCAGUUUGUCCAAGAAUGGAGAAAAUGUUUUUACGGCAUCUGGUGAUUAUAAUCGGUAUGGGAUGUCCAAGUUUGGAGAAUCAUUCAUGGCUGGCGUGUUAGGUCAUGUUCGCUCCAUAUGUGUAUUUACUUGCCCACUUCCUAAUAGUUAUGAGCGCUUUGAAAAUAAGGCAUGGAAUGGACUAUUUCUCUGCUGGGGGCCAGAAACCAAAGAGUUAACAAUGAGAACCUGUAGCCCUCCUGGUACAGAUGGUGUUGUAACCAAUUUUGAAUUGAGAACAUUUGAUGGAUGUGCAAACCCACCCUUGGGUCUUGCUUCUUUAAUAGUUGCAGGGCUAGAUGGCUUGCGGCAUAAUUUAAAAAUUCCAGAUCCAGUAGAGCCAACAGACUAUAAUAUCUUUGAUUACAACGAUGACAAUGAGGAUACAAGAUUGCCUUCAUCUCUUAGUUGCUCUAUAAUACAUAUAUUUUCAGAUGAAUGGUUUUUAGAAACGCUGGGUGAAAACUUUUUGAAAUCCAGAAGAGGAAUUUGCGGGGAUGAGAUCAAAGCCUACUGUGAAUGUGAAGGGGACCCAUUUGGCGAGGUUAUGUACAAGUUUUAGGUUGAUCAUGUGUGUCUGUGAGAUCAGGAUGGUCUAUAAUAUUGUUUAAUUACCACAUUUGAAUAAAUUUUUCAGUCAUUUGUCUUUUGCUUCAUCUAAUUAUGCACUUGUUUUAUUAAAAGACAUGAGUAAUUUUAGCUCCUCA